AUGCAACAUACAAACGCAAUACGAAUAUCGUUAGUCGACGUCAUCUUCAUAGAUUUCAUUGCUAUAUUACAACCAUAACGGGGGGUCUAGUCAUCGGCUCCAGAACUUUUGGAAAACUUUUUGAAAACUUUGAAUUUCCUGAAGGCCUGCUCGUCCGCGAGGCUUUCUCCAAACUUCGUAGCCAGCGACCACACGGCCAGCACGAGAAUGGGCCGCAGCUUGCCAUCGUGGUUCCUGUGUGACCGAUGGGGCCCUGCGUUUUUCGUGGGUCCCCAGCUUGCGCACUUCACCUGAGUGAAAAGCGCCCGCAUCAGAGAAGGUUGGGGCCGCGCCGAGCCUGGUGGCACAACGUGCAGCAUCGGCGUGCUUCGCGGUCAAGGCCAAGGACCAAAGCGAUCUGCUCGCUGUUCGUAGUAUCAAAGAGAGACCCCUAGCACUAAAAACAAAGCCCAAAAGCCUAGCCUGGCUCAGGAAUCCCCUUGCGCCGCAAAAGCAAAGGCAUUGGCGAAAAUAAGAAAAUAACGCCAACAGCUUGGCAGCGGGUUCGGAACAGUGCAGAGUUGCCCCAGGCACGCACUUGGGUGGCCAUGUUGUUUAUUUGACCGAGGGGCCAACGCACUGGGGUGGCCAUCCCCCCAUCCGGGGCCAGCCCUCCUCCUUUGUGGCUAGCAGGGUCUAGGGUCUAGGGUUUGGCCCUCCUCCUUUUCACCUGGCACGGGCUUAGGGUUUGGGGUUUAGGGCUUAGGGCCUAGGGCCUCGGUUCUCAGGCGCAGCGCGCCGGCCGCGAGAGGUGUGUCUGGAGAGAUCCAGGGGGCGCGCCCCUGCGCCGCGUUGCGUUUGUAAUUACUACAAGAAAAAGCGGCGCAGUCGAAGAAGCAAACUCUGACCUCCGCUAUCUUUUUGGCGCCUGUUCUGACCCCAGGCACGGCGGCACGCUGCCAGAAAGGAGUUGGGCUGUUGAGUCUUCAAAAAGUACAAAAGAAGCGCUACCCAGACACGAAGCAGGGUGGCAUUGCCUGCGAAAUCGGCAAAGCUCGCGGCUCAGGUUUUGUCGUCUUUGUGGUGCCGUGCCGUCGUGUUUCGUGGUCAUAUAUGUUGACCGAUAAAAGGCGCGCGCGCUGCCGUCGGUCACACGUGAAUCGCGGGCGGAAUCUUCUCAGCAGAUUUGUCAUUUAUUACGCGUCUGAACAGCGUGCAGCCCUGUUUCGUGAUAGGUUUGGACCCCGGAGCCGGGGCGAAAGGUUGCAUAUUUUACAUGCGACGAAUAGCGUGGGGGGUAACGUUAUCCACGGCGGCACCGCGUAGGCAAAAAAGCGCGCUUUUUCAACUUUUGCCCGAAUCCUGAGGCAAAACGCGACCUGUGCGUCCAUUUUGAAAAGUUUUUUUUUUGCAUUUUUGCGCUAUAUGUGAAAAACCAAAACCGAUGGCACGACGCCGCUUUUCUGGCCCUCAAAAAUUCGCAACAUUUUGCCCCUUAGCCGAAAACGCAAAGAAAAUCCAAGCGCCUCGCAAACAAAAUCCAAAAAAAAAGCGAAAAAAAUCCAAAGAAAAACUUUUCGGCGUUGUGCCCGUCUUUUUUAUUCUCUUGCGUGGGUAAUCUCCGGCGUGGGCCGUCUGCAGCAAGCUUGCGCCCGGCGCAUGUUUUGGCCUGCAAUGGCCUGGCCCCGAGUGGCGUGGUCGUUUGUAGGCGGUCUCGCCCUCGUUUUCCUUUUGUUGAGUUUUCUGUGGCAGCUCUGUGUGGAAGGGUAGGGUGGGGAGUAUUGUGGGGGGCGCAGUGUUGGAGGGUGUUGGCGCAGUGGUGUUCCGGGUUUCCUGGGUUGUCUGGGUGGGUUUCUCCGAAAAAUGAAAUUGUUGCCGGGCAAUUUCUUCUUCCGAAGAAAAUCCGCCCGGACAACCAAAACAAAUGUCAGACAAAAUUUCAAACGCGCAAAAAAAAUUUCAGAUAAAAUUUCAGAAGUUUGGACUUCAUUGCAAACGUGUGGGAUUUUGCGCCCUCGGGCAAAUUCUGAAAUUUGUUUUGAGGUGUUUUGACGCCCCAUCCAUCGUCCGGGCGUCAAUUUUGAAAUUUUUCUGAAAUUUUUUUUGGGCAGAUUCGUAGGAAACCUCCACGCCGCGUUUCCGUUUUCGGGCCUCGUUUCUUCAUGGCCCGGUCGUCAUAGGCCCUCCGCGUCAUAUUCCGACUGCCCGCGCGAAGUGGUUUGCGUGCCAGUCGCGUGGGUUUUUCUGUGUUAUUUCACCAGGCCCGGGGCGGCGGCCUGGUUGCAUUUUUGGAAGCCUUCCGGGCUUGGGAAGCACGGGCAGAACCAUUGUGGGCGUGCCGCGCGAGGAUUUCGCCCCCGACAUGGCAAGGCCGUCGCGUGAUAUUGCAAGCACACCAGGGAGCCUGUCUCGGCCGACGUGUCGCCGGGCCCCCUCCUGUUUGCGGCCCCAGACCCCCAGAAGAAUUUUUUAGGUUUUUUUUUUCCAAAUUCUGGAUUUUUAUGGCCAAAAAGAGCCAGGGCGGCCAUGGGAUGAACAAAAAAAUGAAUCCCGAGCUAAUUCCCGAAAAAAAAACUUUUGAAAAACUUUUUAAAAGCUUUCACUUGGGGCACCAAAACAGUGCCGGUUUCAAGCAGAAUCCGCCGCGGGGAGCUUCGAGAAGGGAGGCCAGAAAAAAAGUUUUUUCGAACUCUUUUCGGGCUCAUUUCGGGCUCGCCGAAACAGCACAGCAUGCAAAAAAGUCGCAUUUUUUGGCCUCCGCCGUACCACCGUGCCAAAGUCAGCAUUGCUCCAGCGCCGAUGGUAUGCUGGUGGUGUUUUUUUGUUAUGUUUUGUCAAUGCCGGCACUUUUGCGAUGAAUGGGGUUCGCUUAGUCAAGCUUUUGGGUUUUUGGAUAUUAGAUCGGAUGGCGAAGGGAGGGAUAUGCGUGGGCUUGGGUCUUAGUUCCGGGAUGGGUUGGAGUUGGGGAUUGGUACUGGAUUGGGUAUCACUAUACUUAUUUCCCGACUUGAGAGACUACUCUCGGAAGCCACUCAGGCAGCAAUGCAAAUUCGGGAUGAGUUGGAGUGCGUCACGCCCCGCGAGGUAGAAGAAGAGGACUGCGACGCGACGCAGAAGAGGGGGGGGUUGUGGGAUUUAGAGCCGGCCGACUCGAGGAAGUGGAAGACGCAGCACAGCCCGGAGAUGGGAUUUAUUUCUACUCGGAAGCCACUACCUUCUUGGGCCCGCCUGGAAGAGUUGGAGUCUGUGGCGCAACGCGAGGCAGGUAGAAGAGGGGGACAGCGGCGCGAGGUAGAAGAGGGGGGGGCUGUUGGAUUGACAGCCGGCCGGCUCGAGGACGCCCGCGGGGGAUGAGGUAGAGCCUGGCGAUGAGGCUAUUCUGAUUUUGGCUCGAGGGCAUGGCGGGGGCCAAAAAGCGGAAGGCUUUCGCUGUCCUCUUUUGAUGCGCCGGAAAAGAGCCGGGCAAAACCUCUGCCGAGAUUCUAGCCUGGCGGCUCUUCUUGAAGCCCUCCGCGGCGGAUUCUGCUAGGGCCCGGAACUGUUUCGGUGCCCCUUUUCGAAGUUUUUUAAAAGUCCUGGCCAAGUUUCCUUUUUAGCUUGUUUAGCCCUUGACAAAAAAACGGGUGGUCGGGAAAGUGGCGUGGGGGCCUCGGCUUCCAUUUUUCAGGAGCAGCGUAAAAGUGCAAAAAAGAACGUGCGCAAAUCGCCACGCAGAUCCUGCGAAAGCAAUACCCUCAGCAAUGCUUUAGAUGUUCGCGUCUUUGACCCUGCGCCGUGCCUUGGUGCACAAGGUUGCCCACGACGGUGGGCGCCGCAUGUAAAAAGUACAGCCGUCAGCUUCGGCCCCGGGGUCGAAACCUAUCACGAAGCAGCAUGCCACGCGGCCCAAGCGCGUAAGAGGUUAGCAGUUUUUUAAGAGGAUUCCGCCCGCGAUUCACGUGUGACCGGCGCCAGCGCGCUCGCCUUGUGUCGGCCAUCAUAUACGACCACGAAACACGGCGGCACGGCGCCAAGAAAGGAGCGCCGGCCCUUGGUGGCUUCGCGUCGUCUAUUUUCUCUGCUUUUCAAAGUUUUCGACAAGUUUUCUACAAGUUCUGAAGUUUUAAUAUAGACCCCCCGUUAUGGUUGUAACUAUAUCAUUUUGAUUCUUGCUCUUAAAAAAUGCAACCUUCUUCUAUAUCUGUUCCGUGGAGUUCUCAAUGUAUGUCUAGACCAAGAUUGGCACGAAGAUGAAGAUCGCGAGUACACUAGUACGUUGACUACCCUUACCCUUUUCGGCAUGCGCAUGUAGACCCGGACGCGAAAUCAAAUUCACUAUUCGUUCCCCGACAGCAUAAGGUCUACAAGGACAGCCAGAUUGAGACUAUACAACAUCUCUCGUCGUCGUUUUUCUGCACGAUGGUAUGCUUUCUCACGUCGCCUACUUUGCAGCAUCUGGAAUAGGAACGAAAGCACGCACAGAAGCCGUCACUUGCCUUCUAUCGUAGGGCAUCGACUACAGACGAGAAGCCCUUCCAUUUAUAGUGCCUUUACGCUUUUGCUACGCAACAGCAUCUGUAUCCCAGAUGAUCUAAAUUUUCCCUUGCAGCCACUGGCGUGAAAACUCGAAAAUGAACAAAUGCGCAGCCAAUUCGAAUUCCAUUCUACGAAAUAGAAACGCAUGAGCUCUCUACUAGUA